AUGGACACGAACUUUGACGUAUUAGAUUACCCGAAUUAUGGAAUUCGAGACGAACAGCUACGUCGUCAAGCAUUAACGCAUCCCUCUUAUAGUUACGAAAAUCCCGGCGAAGCUCAAAAAAAUAAUCAACGCUUAGAAUUUGAAGGGGACGCUUAUCUAAAAGCUUCCAUAACUAGUCUGCUGCGUGAAAUGUGUGUAGAUUGGAACGAGGACCGGCUUACGCAACUCCGAAGCAAAAUCGAAAGAACGUCAAGCUUGGCAACUUUUGCGAAAGCAAUUCGGAUUGAUGAACAUAUUCGGGUUGGUAACAGUUGUCAGGGAGUUACAGACAAGAUGCUGGAAGAUGCGUUUGAGGCAAUUAUUGGGGCCAUUCAUCGUGAAGGCGGACAAAACCGCGUGGACCAGCUAGUAUUUCCUUUCCUGCGCGAGACGUGCGAAGCGUUAGCACGGGAACCUCCAAGAACCCUAGCCAGCUUAUCUACCCCCCUGUUUCCGUCGUCGCAAGUAACUGAUUCUCCAAUUUUUACCAACGGAAGACAAAGUCCGUCGGAGAGUAUUUAUGAUGGACAUGUUUUCAGUCCAACACCUGCAGAACCAGUCAAUCAGAACCAAGUGAGCCAAAUUCUGUUGGAAAUGGAAUCAUUGAAAAAGGCAAUCAAAUGUCAAAAUCCUGUGUCGGCUCUCAAGGAAUGGAGAGACCAUCUUGGGAGGUCUGAUAUAGAGUAUAAAUUUGAAAAAGCUGGAUUUGAGCAUAGUCCGUCUUGGAAGGCUACAUGCAUAAUUAGCGGUAUAGUUGUUGGAACGGCUGUAAAACCUGGGAAAAAACAAGAAGCGAAAUCUGCUGCCGCAGAGGAUGCGAUUAAUAGGAUUUUGGGGUAG